AUGUCUCGACCGGAACACCAAGCACCACCAGAAAUUUAUUACAACGACGAUGAAGCAAAGAAAUAUACCUCAAAUACUCGAAUACAAAGUGUUCAAGCAGAACUGACAUAUAGAGCUCUUGAAUUAUUAAAUUUACCAGAUGAACCAGCUUAUUUGCUUGAUAUUGGAUGCGGAUCAGGUUUAAGUGGUGAAAUUUUAGAUGAAGAAGGUCAUAUGUGGAUAGGAAUGGAUAUUUCCCCGGCUAUGUUACUAGAGGUUGCAUUAGAUCGUGAGGUUGAAGGUGAUUUGUUCUUACAAGAUGUUGGUCAGGGAAUGGGAUUUCGUCCUGGUACAUUUGACGGUGCUAUAAGUAUUUCAGUCCUACAAUGGCUAUGUAACGCAGAUCAUAGUUCACACAAUCCUAAAUCUCGUCUCACACGAUUUUUCUCAACUCUUUAUUCGUCACUACGCCGGGGUGCUAAAGCAGUAUUUCAAUUUUAUCCAGAAAAUGAUGAUCAAUGUGAAUUAUUAAUGAAUACAGCAAUGAGAUGUGGCUUUGAAGGUGGUCUGGUAAUUGAUUAUCCCAACAGUAAGAAAGCGAAAAAGUAUUUUCUUUGUUUAUUUGCCGGCCAAAUUCCUACAGAAGAUGGUAAACCAAAAAUGCCAAAGGCUUUGGGAGAAGAUGGAGAGGAUGAACCAAAUGUUGUAGCUUAUUCUAGUCAGAGAACUCAAGAGCGUCAAAGAACGAAAGGAAAACAACGCAAAUCGAUUAAAGAAAAGGAUUGGGUUUUGCAUAAAAAAGAAAUUGCGC